UUCAACUCAUCCACUUACUUCAAUUCACUUCACACAGCCUUAACGGCCUAUCUUGACGUUCGUUUUUACAACUUACAAGCUGUACGCACAAUCGUUCAUUACAAACACAAACAAACACCAUACACAAACAGCAAACAUGUACUUCUCCAACAUCCUCGUCACUCUGGCCUCGAUGGCCACCAUGGCUUCUGCCAUUCCUGCUCCUGAUUCCCUCCUCGACACCACCUCGAGCAUCUCCCCUGCCGACUUCACCAUCAACCUCGACAAGUCCGGCUCCGCCCUCGAGGCCCGCACCAGCUUCUCCUGCCCCGGUGCCAUGUCCUACUGCCCUUGGACCAAGGCCUGCUCGUGCCCCGUCGGCCAGUCCUGGGACGCCCGAUCCAAGAGAUGCGCCGGCACCAAGACCACCGGCUGCUACGCCAAGCCCAAGGCCAGUGCCUACGUCAACGCUGGUGUUGAUGUCAAGCUCGGUACUUACUGUGCCGCUUCCCCCUACAAGAUCGUCAAGUACGACACUCGUCACUCUUACUGCCAGGCCAACCUCAAGAACACCGUCUUCCUUGCCCCUCUGGCCGUUGGUGCCGAGAUUGCUCUCUAUGGCGGUGCUGCCAUCGAUGUCAAGGCCAAGGCUAGUGUCAGCCUUCGCGCUGUCUGCUCUGGUCUUGCUGGUCUCUAUCUCGAGAGCUCCGUCGAUGCUGUCGCCCUUUUCAACACCAACAAGUACGGAUACUCUGUCCGCCCUGGUAGCGUCACUGGUGGUCUCUCUUUCGCCAUCACCGACUCUAUCAAGUCUCUGACCUGCCGUCUCGGCCUCGGAAACUGCGCUGUCUACGACUGUGUCUCUUACUGCUCCAAGGGCUGCAAGAACUACAUUGACGUCCGCGGCAACGUCGGUGGCUACGUCAACGGCCUUGCUGGCUUCUGCGUUGUCAAGGACUCUGUCCUCUUCGUCAACAAGGUUGGCGCUUGUGCUACCCUCAAGAUUGAGGGUCUCCUCCGCAUUGUUGGCAGCAUUCACGCCAGCAUCAAGGGUCUCUUCAAGUGCAACUGCUAAGCGGUUAGAAAUGAUACAAAAACGAUGCAAAAGAGUGGUUGACUGAACGGAUCCCGGGUACUAAUGGUUUAAUUUUUAAUGGUUGGAGGAAUGUUUGAAGAUAUACUCAGUCUUGGUUUCGGAUUACCGGAUGAUCUGACACCCUCACGCCUGCUGGCUCUUGUCUUGAUGUCUUUCUUAAAUUAAUUGAAUAAUCUCAUAUGAUAAAAAUAACUGACUC